AUGUUAUCGAUACUGAUAAUCCCCGCAGCCUCAGCACUCCCAACAACCUAUGAUAAGGUCGUUGCUGGGGUUUCCGGCCAAGGCUACAACAUACAGGCCCUGCAUAUACCUAGUGUAGGUCUGGCGACUGGUCCUCGGCCAGGAAAACCACCCAAUAUGCAUGACGAUGCUGCCUUCAUAGCCAGACAUAUCGUUGAUCUCGCUGAGGCUGGCCACGAUAUCUUGCUCGUCACGCACUCUUAUGGGGGUACGCCGGCAACCGAGUCCAUCAAAGGGCUUACCAAGAUUGAAAGACAGAAAAUUGAAAAGCCUGGUGGCGUUGUCGGCCUUGCAUAUAUGACAUCCUUGGUGCCAGAAGUAGGCAAGCCGGCUUCAACAGGGCCGUGGAGUCCUCUUAUGGAGAUUGGGGACGAUGGCUGGUUUUACUAUCCAGAUGACACCUUAACAGCGAAAGUGGUUUUUUCCGAUGUCCCGUUAGAGCAGGGCUUGAUCUGGGCGAAGGAGCUCGUAGCCCACUCAGCUGCUAGUUUCAUGUCUCUCUUGACCUACCCUGGCUACGCAGAUGUACCCGUGGCAUAUCUAGUAGCUGAAGGGGAUCUCUCUAUUGCGCCGCGAACCCAGCGAUCACAAAUAGACAUGAUUGAGAAAGUAAGCGGCAACAGGGUUGAUGUCACAACAACCAGCGCUGGACAUGUCCCGCCUGUUACUGCGCCGGAUGAUGUUGUCAACUGGAUACUAUCGGUGGCAUCAAAGCUCGAAAGAAGCCAGUAA